AUGGCUGGUCCAAAGGCAAGCCCGCUGGCGCAGGUAUUGAUCUGCAACAGUGAUUCUGCAGGUAAUGUGGUGGUCUUACCAAAUGGAUGUCUCGUUCUCUGGGAUACCGAAGAGGACUUGCGGCAGCGGAUGCUCCAGCUCGCUGCUUCCUGCCCAGCAAAUCGACAUGGUCCCACGACGAUAGGUGCUGUGCAGAAAGUGCUGGAAGGUGACUAUCUACCAGCAGAGAGCAGCGAGCCCCUCGCCUCCGAGAGCUUGGACUUCGUCUAUGAAGCCGCGGGAAAGGAGACCCGUCUGGACAAGAACACCGGGCAGCUACACGUUGCACGAGUUGCAACGGAUCCCUCUGGAGAAAAAGGGGCUCUGCAGCAGGCACAGCUGGAGCUAAUCGCCAUCUCUUUGGGCCUGGACAUCGCAGUGCGACUGGAUCAGCUGGAAGCAAAGAUCGAGGAGCAAACUGUGAAGGGCUGGCAGGCCCUCGAGAAAGAAGUGGCCAGUGUCGAAGAGCGAUUUGCAAUGUCAGUGACUCUGAAGGACAUCUCUAACCGGGUUUUCAGGUACGAGCGUAUGAUCCACGAAAUGAGGUACGAGUUGAAUGCUGCAGGAAGAUUCCUUGAUUCACCUGAUUUGUUAUGGGAAAAUCCCAAUGAAGAGCGUCUCCAUGACCAGGUCGUCAGGCAUUUUGAUGUGAAGCGGCGCACAGACCUUCUGAACGAGCGUUUGAGCUACUCCCUGGACUUCUUGCACACCCUGGGUGAACACGUGAGGCAUUUGUAUUCGGUGCGUCUCGAGAGGAUGAUAAUCAUCUUGAUCACUUUGGAGCUGGGGGUAGGUGUCAUGGGCCUCCUCACGGGAAGUUCACCGCAUUCUGCUGCCAAGUAA